AUGAGCCCGGUGGAUUUUACCUCUCUGUCGCUAUGGGCACGAGACACGGCCAGUGAUAUUUCAUCAGUCCCCGAUACCUUUUCCAGUUGGGACAAGUGUAUGGAGAAAUCCUACUGCAAAUGGCCUGUUGUCGCUGCAAUUAUCGUGGGAGGAGUGAUCGUCCUCUCCGUUGUCGCCUGUGUCGCUAAUUGCCUAUGCUGCGGUAUUCGCUGCUGCACCGGCUGCUGUGGAUGCUUCUGUCCGUCUCCGCGAACAAAGAGGAAUAAAUACCAGGAUGAUCCGUAUUCCCGACAGCCUCCGCCGAUGGUACCCCCAAAUCAUGGGUACCAAAACCCUCAAUUUCAGGCUCCCCAGGCUCCGCCCAUGUAUCGUGGGCCGCAGCAGGUGGCUCGUUUCGACGCGCCACCUAGUCCUGGGGUUUCGAAGGGGAACGAAGACGCAUUGCCUGCCAUGCCUAGUUGGGACAAAGCCGUGACUAGAAGAAUUGAAGAUCCCAAUCCUCAUUCAGACGUGGUGGAAAUGGAGCCAUUGAACCUGAUGGAUCCUGGACCGCAUCGGACUCCUUCAGCGUCGCGGCUCAACGGAGUUGGUGGUUACAUGGGCCCUCCCCCGAUCCGAACAGGAACAUCAAACGGUGUUCGCGCCAAUCCACAACCAUAUGAGCAUCCCCAAAACCCAUAUGAUUAUCGGUCCCAUGAAGCCGGCCGCAACCCCGGUCUUCCGUAUGAUCAGCCUUACCGAGACUAUUCUCCUGGAAAUACCAUGUAUUCUAUGUCGCCACCUCCGAAUGCUCACGCGCCUCACCAGCAGCAGUACGGCGCUGCCAUCUCUCCUUCUACGGAGAUGAACCGACCGAUCCCGUACCGUCAGCUAUCUCCGGGAAUUAGCUACACCCAGACUCAGCCUCCAAGCUACCGGGGAAUGUUCCCGGGAGUUCCUUCAUCCCCUCCUCCUCCGUUCUCCACGCAUUCCAAUUACGAACCCUACGAACCUCACGACCAGGGCCGGCCCCCUAGUAUUUUGCAGAGCGGGCGCAGGCCUGUUCCUAACUCGUACAGAGACGUCUAA